GGAUGUCUUGGAUUUAUUGUUAUUUUCAGUGAUUUACAAUAACUCGAACUAAAUCCUGAUUUUUUAAUAUGCAUAACGCCUAGUAAUUAACAAGCCAUGUCCAGUCCCGAAAAGAAACGUAUGAAAUAUAGUCCUAAUAAUCAAGUACAUCUUGAAUCCACAAAUGUAACAGAAAAGCGUACAAGGUCCGAAGUAAAAACAGAAUUAGAACGACAAAAACAGCUGCAAACCAUGAAGAGGAAAAAUUUUGUAAAUGCAUGUGAAAAGGUGUCAUGUGAAGCAUAUUUAAAUCGGCAAAAACGGCUACAAAUCUUGAAUUUACCAGCCUGUGCAAAAAGUGAAUGCAACCAUUUAAAACACGAGACAGAACAAGAAAUGCCUUGUUAUGCUACAGAGACUUUCAACAUUGAAAUAAAAAGCGGAAUGUGGUAUGAUGCAUUAGAAGUGUGCCAAGUCAACAUUUCAUGUGAUCAAUACUUAUCUGCUGAAGUCAUGAAAGAAAUUAUUGAAAUAAUGCUGAAUGCACACGAUGAUAGUUAUGUAAACUACACAGUGGAGGAAUUAAUAGAUAAAUGCCAACAAGUCCUCGCUGUGAAUUUCAGUACACACCCUCCAUGUCCCAAAGUAUUAAGAAAGUGCUACGAAAACUUCCUUACAACACCUAUGGAUUUGAAAAGCAACACAUUUACUAAUCGGACGGAAUGUGGCUUUAAUGAAGGAGUAAUUAAAUAUUGUAUGAACAGGCUGGAAAACGACAUAAAUGCUGAAACCAAUGAACCCCUAGUAAAUCUCUUUGAGAACACACCUUUUGAAAUGAAGGAAGGUGUUCAAGGUUUACAUUGGCAAAAGGAAAAAUUUGAAAUAUUCGAAGGGCUUGAAAGACCAGAAAGAAUUAAAAGGCUGAUGGCCGUCCUUGAGAGCACCAUUGAAUUAAUACAAUACGACCUCGCCAUAUGGCUUACAAGGCACACCAGGAAUAUGGGCAGACAUAUUAUGAAUUUAAAGGGAAGACCCUUGCUCGCUGCCCUUCUGUGGCCAACUACUCCACUAAACACGGGGGGUUUCACCAAAAACUGUCGCCAGAUAGUAGACUUGUUUAUAUACGUCAUUCACCUGCAGUAUCCGGAGGAAUACAUACAACUGAUGACUACCUGGCUAAACACGAUGAUUCAAAUUAUCUACAUAUGUGAAACAAACUCUAAUAGUGACUACCCCAAUUUAGGAAAAUACUGCUACUCAUUUGCAAGUAAAUUUUAUGAAAGCAUGACAAGUCUGUCCAAUGAUUCAGUAAUACAUAUAUUGAAAAGAAUUCAGCCCCUAUUCAUGAGAUACUUGAUAGGAAUGCAUGUUACCAAAUCUUUUUUAAAGGUCAAAGAUAAAGAGGACAAUGUGAUCAGAGUUUUAAUUGACUACAUUGAAAAGUGUCAAAAGGAAGGUUAUCCUCAAUGCAGUGACAUACAAGUAUCGAAAUCACAAUCUUCCAUAACAGACAAAACUUAUGACAUGUUACUCUCUCUGAUGGAGCAAUGCAGACUGGAAGAAGUUAGUCUGUCAAACUCGGAUAACAAUAACAAUAAUGGAUUUCCGAAAAUGUCACCCUCCAAGCCUGACAAAGUUGUCAGUGAAUAUCAUGUGGUGAAUGUACUAUAUGUAACACUUGAAGCUCUUUUAGAUGCCUAUAGUGUGAAAACCGUACAAGAGACAUUAGAUGAUCUCAAUAACAAAUUAUUGCGAGACUCUUCACAAGCUUUCAAUAUAGUUAUGCCCAAACCUGGCACAUAUUCUGUUUCUGUAGACUACAUAAAGAAAUACAGGACAAUUUAUGCAUCUCUGCAAGAACUUAUAAAGAUGAAGCAAAGCAUGAUGAAAGAUGAAGGGUGGCCAGAAGUGCUAGACCUGUUUAAUAAUAUAUUGGAAUAGCACUCAUAAUACCUCUACUUUUUAUGAUUUAUAAAUAUAUUUUUGUGAUUCUAUGUUUUAAACCCAGAUGUACCUGCUGAUUAAACUAUUUUUAAACAAAUUAUAAAAGUUACUAUGAGCCAUGAGAAAUAAAUAAUACUUCUGUAUU